GGCAGUGAAGCUAAAGAGCCAUGAGUAUAUUGGAAAAGCUAACGCAAUUACAUACUAGCUACAGCAACCACUGAUCGGUCGAGGAAGACACGAAGGGGGAAAACCUGCAAAUUGUGUACAAGACAAAUAUUGAAUAAUGGGUAACUGCCAUACAGUUGGACCAAACGAAGCCCUUGUGGUCUCAGGUGGCUGCUGCGGCUCAGACCAGAAGACCUAUAUGGUGGGAGGCUGGGCUUGGGCCUGGUGGCUGAUCUCAGACAUUCAAAAACUGAGUCUGGAGGUUAUGACCAUCCUCUGUCGCUGCGAGAAUAUCGAAACCUCGGAGGGUGUCCCCUUGGACGUGACAGGGGUCGCUCAGGUCAAAGUUAUGACCGACAACGAUCUUCUUGGAGUUGCCUGUGAGCAGUUCCUGGGGAAAUCCGUGAUGGAAAUCAAAAGCGUCGUCCUGCAAACCUUGGAGGGACAUCUUCGUUCCAUCCUUGGUACCCUGACGGUCGAGCAGAUCUACCAGGACAGGGACCAGUUUGCCAGGCUGGUGCGGGAGGUAGCAGCUCCAGACGUGGGUCGAAUGGGAAUCGAGAUCCUGAGCUUUACCAUCAAGGACGUCUACGAUAAGGUGGAGUACCUGAGCUCUCUGGGAAAGACUCAGACAGCGGCGGUCCAGAGGGACGCAGACAUCGGAGUGGCGGAAGCAGAGAGGGAUGCAGGAAUCCGGGAAGCUGAGUGUAAGAAAGAGAUGAUGGACAUCAAGUUUCAGGCUGACACCAAGAUGGCCGACUCUAAGCGAGAGCUGGAGAUGCAGAAAGCUGCCUUCAACCAGGAAGUGAACACCAAGAAAGCGGAGGCCCAGCUGGCCUACGAGCUGCAGGCAGCUAAGGAGCAGCAGAAGAUCCGGCUGGAAGAGAUUGAGAUCGAGGUGGUGCAGAGGAAGAAGCAGAUCACCAUCGAGGAGAAGGAGAUCCUUAGGACCGACAAGGAGCUGAUAGCCACGGUCAAGAGGCCCGCUGAAGCUGAGGCCUACAAAAUGCAGCAGCUGGCCGAGGGACAGAAGAUCAAGACUGUGCUGACGGCCCAGGCCGAAGCGGAGAAGAUCCGGCGGAUAGGCGAGGCGGAGGCCGGCUCCAUCGAGGUGGUGGGGAAGGCGGAGGCCGAGAAGAUGAGGCUGAAGGCCGAGGCCUACCAGCAGUAUGGAGACGCGGCCAAGACCGCCCUGGUCCUGGAGGCCCUGCCUAAGAUCGCAGGCAAGGUGGCUGCUCCCCUGGCCCGGACCAGUGAGAUCGUCAUCCUGAGCGGGGAAGGCAGCCGCGUGACUGGGGAAGUGACCCGUCUGCUGGCGGAGCUGCCGGUCUCUGUCAAUGCCCUCACCGGAGUGGACCUGACAAAGAUUCCUUUGCUGCAGAAGAUGACCAAUCCUCAAGCAUGAAAAGAAUCAACCCCUUUUACUCAACUGCGUCUGUUAUGCACUCACGUCGACUGCCUUCAAGAAAAACACUUGAAAAUGGAUUUUUUUCUACAGACAAGUGGAUUUUUUUUAGACCUCUGGUGCCUUAGUUCGAUAGGACCAGAAAAUCUGCAUGAACCACUGCUCCCUUCAUCUUUCAGUUUUGUUUCUUAAACGAUUUGACUUCACUUCAGAAAAGAAAUGUGUAUCUACAGCAGUCCCAGAGAGGCCUGAGCAAAAGUGGGGCUGCCCACUUUGAUUUUAAGUAUUUAUGAUUGGUUUGUGAUGUGAAUCCUGUAGUUCAGGCGUGUCUAUGUAGCAUAAUCUGCAACUGGGCAGUCUGCUCCAGAGGAGUGUCCUCUGUAUUAGCCUGAGUGUGGAGUCCCCAUGCGACAUUAGUUUGGAGUAUCUUUGGCAGUAACGUCCUUUUUCAGAUUUUAUAAAUAAUAGUUUUUUUCACCAUUGUUUUAGUUUUAAUUCGAACACAGCCACGGAGAUUGUGAUAAAAACGUCCUUUGUCUCAACCCCCUGUGGCAUGGUCAGAAAGGGUAGUCUCCCAUCGCCUACUCGACGGGGUAGCCAAAAAACCUAGUGCUGGGUCGACAAAGUGCUAAAUUACUACAAGACCUGCGUCUGCCCCUCUCUGCGCCCCAGCUUUGAUUAUCGUCUCGUGUUCUGUCUGUAUGACCGCACUCAAGGUGUGGAUUGCACUGCCACUGUUUGGCCUAGCCUCCCGAGCCUCCCCCCACACACACACACACACACACACACACACACACACACACACACACACAGGGCAAUCUCGCCUCUCCUAACUGACUGACAUCAAAAAGUGACAGCUUGUGUGCUGCUGUUUCGGCCCCAGAUGGAAAAGGGGGGGAAGCCCUGUGUCCACAGGUCACUCAGCCUACCUCAUUCACUUUAGACACAGUGUCCUGGAAGUAGAGUAAUAGUGACUAUGAGAUUUUACUAUGUCACUUCCUGUCGGUCCCUGCCCUCACACAAAUGUAUUCACAUCGUCUAAUUAUUUUAUAAGUGUAAGUGCAGCCAAGCCUUUAAUCCCCAUAGAGUCAAUUGGGGACUGAAUAAUAACAUAAAGGGGGACUUAUAUAAGGAGACGGUCACAGGAUGCAGACUGCAAGUGUACCUUGCACACUCAGUUCUUGUGUAGUUUCCAUAUUUUGGUGCCUCCCCAGCUAAUUAUCUGCCUUCUGACUCCUCACUCCAUAGAAACAAACAGAAAUGGGCCUUUCCAUUUACAUGCCUGUCCACAAAAUUAAAUCUCCAAACUGGGUUACAGCAGUAGCCUGGUCAACUGGCCGGCUGACGUACACUAAAACUACACCGCGGCCAGUCGAUCACCAAAACCACAGUCCUGUCACAAGCCGUCCGUUUAGUCGGGAGAUUUUCUACUUUCAAUCCGUAUUACCUCGGGUUUUGUGGUUCUCCCACAUUCCACCCCCUCCCCUCUCUGACACGUCUUAUGUUUUCUGCUGUCGGUUGCCUUGCCUCGCGGAUAGCCUGUGUGAAUGUGGAAGUGAUGCGCCCUGUCUGAACGAGCGUUCUCUGCGGGGCCUUGGGUUCUGUGUGAGGUUCUGUGACGACAACCACGGCAGUGGUUCUGAAUUCGGGGAUAAGCAUGGGAGAGUGCAUUAGCCAUCAAAGCCAUCACACACCAGUCAUUGUUCUAAAAUAGCAGGUCAGUGCAUAUUUAAAGAAGUGGAUAUGCAUGUGUAUGCCUAAUGUAUACAAAUGUGUGCAUUUGUAUUUAUGUGUGUAUAUAUGUAUUUAUAUUUAAUCUAUAAAAAUACAUAUAUGCACAGACGAACACACACAUGUACACAUAUGCAUACCAUGCAAGCCAUAUCAUAAUAAAUAGCCUUAAUAGGAACCCAAGAUAGAUUGUCUGGCUCUCUGCAUCCCAGACUCUAUAUUCACCUUGCUAUUCGCAAGACCUUAGCUUUAAUACCUUGGAGAUUCUGUUGUAGUUGUGGUAUAUAUUUUUAUGCCUGUUACAUGUUGUGUCAAGAAAAGAAAAUCUGUUGCUCCUUUACUACUGUAAGUUAUUGCUCUGUUUAGUGUGACACCAUGAUAGUGUGAAUUAAGAAUCUGUUAUUAAAUCACUAUUGUGUUUCAGCUAGGUUUUCCUAGUUGUGUUUUGGCUGUGAAUUAUUGAAGAGAUACAGAAGGGAUUAUAUAGUUCUUUCCCAUUUAUGUUUUUUUAGUUCCUAGUGUUCCGCAACGGAUUUCUUUUCAGGGUUUUUCUUUCACAAUGAACGUGAUUCUGCGUGUAGUUACAGAGCAUUCUUUUUUAAACAUGCAUCAAAAGCAAGUUUCUAAUUUCAGCAGUCCGUUUGUGUUUUUAUCAUAUCCCUUGCCCAAAUAAUAUUUCUUGUCAUUUCAGUUGUUCAGUAAAGUAGCAGAUGUUGUUUUGUAUGUGUAUUUUGGUUUUUUUACUUACAACCACCAACCUUACAAGGUUGUUUUUAACCAGUGACCUAUUGGUCAAGCUCUAAAAAAGUUAUUUGUAUUUCUUUUUUGAAUUGUCUUUUUACCAUUCAUAGUUUGUAUAGUUUUGCAGACUAUAUAGAGGUCUACAACAGUUGAAUUCUGUACUUGCCAAACCAAAUUGGAAGAAUUCUUACAAUGAUUCUUUUUACAUAUGCAGCUUUGUCUAGGAGUUCAGUACAACUGUUAAAAUUCCCAACAAGCUUUAUAGUUAUUUCAGUGGCACUUGUUAUCCUGCUGAGAUUAAAUAUUAAAGCAUUUUGAGACCAUACGUGACCGUGGCAAAGUCAUAAUCAUCAGUCAUAUCUGAUAUCAUCUGAUUCUUUAUUUUAUUUCAUUUUUUUUAUGAAUCCUCAAAUACUCAUGAUAAAUGGCCUAACCUCCAUGAACUAUGGAAGAUCUGUACAUACUAUCGUGUACUUUAUUGGCUGCUUAAAAAGUGUAUGAAAAGAGCGUUUUGUUUUUACAAACAGGGAUUUACCAGUACUUGGCCUUUGUUUUUUAUUUCUUUGGUUUUUUUGUAAUCUGUUACUGGGAAACCAGUGAUGUAUGAGUCCUGUGUCUCCUUGAUGCAAAGGGUACUGUAGGUUUUAAGGGGGUUUUUCCGUCCAUUUUCAGAUGUAUUUUACCUUACUCUAAGGUCGUUGUUUGGAAAAUUCAAGUUUAUUCUGAAAAAAUAACCAGAAACUGAUCUCCAUUUUUAUUUUAUAGUUGAUAGCUGAUUCAGUUCCUAAUGUUUUUCUCAAUACUUAAGUAUAUUUGUUUUUUUUUAUCAAUAGCAAAAUAAUUGUUAUAUUGCUGUGUACACUCUAGUUCAAACAUUUGUGUAGACUUUUCACAAUAUUCCCCCAUUGAAUAUUUUUGAAUGCCAACGCCAGUCAAGAAUGAGACACUUUGGCAUGAUAUAAUUUUCAAUAGUGAAACUGUUGAAGAGUUGUGUGUUAAGCAUAGAAUCCCUUUACUUUGUUAAAGAGAUCAAAAUUGGCGAGACUUGAGUUUUAGAAUCCUCUUUAGACAUGUAUUCAUUCAUUUUACAUGCAUAUAUGAAUAUAUAUCUAUAUAUUUGUGUGUGAUGUUGAAAAGUUUGUCUACUUAGACCUGAGUUAUCACUAAAUGUCAGACUUUUCCUGAAGAAGACUUAUGUACUGGAAUCCAAAAGACCCGCAUGGGAAUAUGACAAUACCUGCAUGUGAUCUUCAUCCAUAUGAUCCCAACUUGUUGAAAUGUUAUCCACAUCCAUGUAAUAAAUGUUGAGUCACUAUA